AUGAGUACUUUUGCUGUCGGUUCACGUCGCUCGUACGAUGGUCAGCGAUGUACUAUUCGCUUCGUGGGUCCUCUUGAAGGGACCACUGGGGAAUGGCUAGGCAUUGAAUGGGACGACCCAACGAGAGGCAAGCAUUCUGGAGAGCAUAAAGGAGCUCAGUACUUUGUUUGCAAAAGCCAUUACCCUACAGCGGGUUCGUUCGUCCGCCCCUCGAGGCCAUCAGACUCGCCUCAGAGCUUCCUGGGCGCCCUGCGUGCCAAGUAUGCAGCCGAGGAUGAUGGUCCUUCAAUAGAGGGCUCCAACUCUCAAAAGAUCGGAAAGGCCGAUCAAGGUCUGAUCCAGAUCAGUGGCAAAGUCGUCGAAGAAGUUGGCUUCGACAAGAUUCGCCGACAAUUUGCACAGCUGCAGCAACUGCGAAUUGCUCUCCUGGAUGGCUUGUGCAUCACGGGAGUGCUCUCUUCCUUUGAAAAACCGGAAUCUCAAGUUCGUGAAGCGGCCCAAGAAAUUGCCUCUACGUGCCCAAACAUCGAACAGCUGGAUCUGAGUCGGAACCUGCUAAGUAGCUGGCGUCAUGUCUGGGACAUUUGCAAUCAACUCAAAAGCCUCAAGAAGCUCAAGGUCAAUGGCAAUCGUUUCCAAGCGAUAGAGGACGGGCUGGUCUUUGAAGGCAUUACUGAGCUUCAUGUUGCGGAUACCCUGCUCAGCUGGGAUGAGAUUAUAGAAAUUGCCUCUCGAUUUCCAGCACUGACAGAACUGGUGGCAUCGGGGAAUCAGAUCACCGCCGUCUCUCGCCCACUGCCUGGGGCGAUUACAAAGCUGACCCUCGAAAACAAUGAAAUCGAGUCCAUUUCUGCCGUUCAACCGCUGGCCGAGACUCAAACCCUGCAGCAUCUCUCUUUACGAGGAAACAAUCUCCAUGCCGUCGCUGCAGACUCGGAAGAAGCAACUCUUCCAUUUACAUUCCCUCCCUCCGUCACUUCCGUGGACCUGUCCAGGAACAAGAUCUCGUCCUGGAAAUUCAUCAACCAAAUCCCCGUUGUCUUUCCCGGACUCACUACUCUACGAAUCGCCACUAACCCUCUCUACGACCAGUCGCCUCUACCCCCUGCCGUUGCAGCAGCCACUUCCAGCAUGAGCGCCUCUCAACCCAUGACGCUCGACGAGGCAUUCAUGCUCCUCCUCUCCCGCUUUCCAGCCUCCCUGACAGUCCUCAACUACAGCGUGAUUUCUCCCCAAGACCGCGCCAACGCCGAAAUGUACUAUCUCUCCCUCAUCGGCAAAGAGCUCUCAGGAACCGCAGAAGCCGAAGAACCCGCCAUCCUGGCCUCACAUCCUCGCUACAAGGAACUUUGCCAGCUGUACGGUGAACCCACGAUAACCCGAGCCACGGAGGGAGAUGGCUCGGGCAGAAAAGUCCACCCGCGCUCGGUGGCCGCCCGGCUGGUCAAACUGGCCUUCCGACUCUCGGAUUCAAAGGUCCGCGUGCAGGAAGUGCCCACUUCGUUUGAUACGUAUCAAGUCAAAGCCAUGGUGGCGCGGUUAUUUGGCCUGGCGCCGUUUUCGUUCAAACUCGUUUGGGAAACGGACGAGUGGGAUCCAGUCGAACAGAGAACUGGUGAAGACGGGGAGGCGACGUGGGAUGACUAUAGCGACGAUGAUAGUGACGACCACCAUGAUGAUGAUGAUGACGACCAUGAUAAAAUGCAGCAUGCAGAUUCGACAUCCUUGGCCCAGAGCAACCGCUUCGUGCGGCGUGAAGUCGAGCUGACAGAGUCUACACGAGAUAUCGGAUUCUUGUUUCAGGGCGAGAUUGGCGAGAUGAGGAUCCGUGUGGAUACACCUUCAGCCUGA